AUGUCAAGACAAUCCGAAUUGGUAAAAGAAGAAUUUUUAAAAGCCAAGAAAUUGAUUGGGGAAGAAUAUCUUUUGGGUUAUUUUGAAAAAUGGGAAAAGGUGGAGAAGGAAGAAAAACAACAUGUGAGGAAGGAGGAAUCUCCAAUGCCUUCGGAAAUGACAGAAUUUUCAAUUAACCAUUCAAAGUCAAAACAGUCUUUUAGUGAAGAUUUACCAGACUCGCAUGAAUCUUUUGCAUCAGCGACAAGUGAAACAGAAUCGGAAACUUCAGGAUCUGCAAUACAUUCGCACAACGACUCAUUUGGUUCUUCGACAAGUGGAAGCUAUAAAAGGUCCCCCGUCUCUGUUGUCAAACAUUCAGCUUCUCUGCCAGAAAUAAACAGAAUGCCAAAGCAUGAAGUUAUAAAGAAAUCAGUUUCUGUACCCAACUUUGAGCUAGAUUCGACCACUUCAUUUACAGUACUAUCAGACAUUGUUCUUUUUAACUCUAAAAUGAAGUCGAAUAGUAGUUCCAGAAAAUUAAGACAGCAGAAUAUGGAAGAAGAAAAGAUGAAGCAAAAAAAGAUUGGUAAAAUUUAA